AUGAUAGUAAAUGGCAAGAGAAUUGACGCGUUGACAGUCUUGCACUUUGCAGUUAAAAAAGGUACACUAGAAAUAGUAGAAUAUCUCGUUGAACAAGGCGCUGAUGUAAAUGGAAAAAAGACUAACAGGUGGACAGUCUUGCACUCCGCUGUUAAAAAUGGUACGGUAGAAAUAGUGGAAUAUCUUGUCGAAAAAGGCGCUGAUGUAAAUGGCAAGAAAAAUGACGGCUGGUGUGUGAUGCACGCUGCUGUUGCUAAAGUUGCGAUAGACGUACUAGAAAUAGUAAAAUAUCUUCUUGAAAAUGGAGCCGAUGUAAACGGAAAAGAUACUAACGGAUCGACAGUGCUGCACAGUGCUGUUGCUGGAGGUACGCUAGAAAUAGUGAAAUAUCUUGUUGAAAAUGGAGCUGAUGUACAUGCAAAAGAUACUGACGGAUGGAAAGUACUGCACACUGCUGUUACCCAAGGUAGGCUAGAAUUAGUAAAAUGUCUUGUUAUUAAACAUGGUGCUGACGUAACUCUUAAAAGUAAACGCAGUGUUCAUACUCUUGGCAUUGACAUCCUGAUUAUGGCUGUUGAGAAAAAUUCAGUUGCUUUGGUCAAUCUUCUGUUGGAAAAGAACAUCGCUGUGUGGAGAGCUGGAACAUUUCUUGUUGAAGGAAGACAAAUGAGUCUUCUUGAAUGGAGUAUUCACCUUGGUCAUGAUGAACUUACAACUAUCCGGCUCAAAGGGUCCGUAAAUCAUCGUGAGAAGAUUCAGAUGUUGAAAACAAUGAAUUGCAACAAGUUAGAAGAGGUAAAUAUUUUUUAA